GGCUUCUCCUCCCUUCCCGUCACCGAUGGAGCUGUUCGCGCGCGCGAAGGUGGUGCGGCUCAGGAGCCACCACGACAAGUUCCUGUACGCGGACGAGGACGAGGUGCGCGUGACGCAGGACCGGGACGGGUCCUCGGCGAACGCGCGGUGGACCGUCGAGGCGGCGCCGCACAGCGCGGGCGCCGUCCGCCUGCGCAGCCGCUACGGGCGCUACCUCACCGCCUCCGGGGAGCCGUUCCUGCUGGGGAUGACGGGGCGGAAGGUGAGGCAGACGGCGCCCGCCGCGCCGCGCCCGGCCAACGCGUCCGUGGACUGGGAGCCCCUGCGGGACGGCUUCCAGGCGCGCCUCCGCACCAAGGCGGGCCACUUCCUCCGCGCCAACGGGGGGCUCCCGCCCUGGAGGAACUCGGUCACCCACGACGUGCCCCACCGCACCGCCACGCAGGACUGGGUGCUCUGGGACGUCGAGGUCGUGCAGCUCCUCACGCCCGCGCCGCGGCCCGAGCGCACCGGCUCCGCGCCCGUCGCCAAGUUGCCGGACUCGCCGCCCGCGCCGGACCUCGGCAAGCCACCGCAGGCGCAUGGGCCGCACCACCGCCCAUCCAAGUCCUACGCGACGCCACCGCCCACGCUCGAGCCCGUGGCGCCGCCGCCGCCGCCGCCGCCGCCGUCCAGGCUCAAUAAGCUCGAGUCCUCCCUUUCUUUCUCCGCCCCCUUGCACAAGGUGGAGGGACGUGCCAUCCAUUACCAUAUUGCAGAUGAUCUGGGCAAUGUGGAUGAAGGCACAGUGGGACACUCCUUCACAUUCAAUGGCAGCAACUUGGAGGAGCUCGCCCACAAGUUGCAGGAGGAGACCGGUCUGGAGGACAUCAUUAUAUGCACACGCAGCCCUAUCAACGGGAAGCUCACUCCUCUCCGUCUGCAGCUGCCACCGAACAACGCAGCGAUGCAUAUCGUGCUCGUCCAGGAGUCCUCAAAGGUGGCCAAAUCAUUUCCUUGGCCAUAUGGUUCAUAAACCACAAACCUUUGGCGGAGACAGGGCCUUGAGUUCUGGUGGAGAAAAUGCCGGUUGUGCAGUUACACCGGGCUAUCAGAAGCAACCUACCGUAAACUUCAUCCGUGUACAGUAAAAAGAGGCACCUCCGCUAGUAUAUAUAGCGUAAAACCAGCGGAGAUUAGUCGUGCGGUAUACUGAGAGAUGUGUUCCAUUAAUUAAUUU